AACCGACCCUCAAAUGGACGGGAAUUUCCAUCAUUGAUGAAUCCAACAACCCAGCGAGCAGAAUAUAAGUCAGAGUCAGAUCAGUAGAGUCCUCACUGAAGAGAUACUCUACAAUCUAUCAAGACUUACUCUAAACUCUGCAGGAACUGUAAAGCAUCCAUAACCAUGAAGUUGCUUCUGGCAGGAAUUGUUGUGAUUCUAAUUGUGGAAACCAACGCCCAGUGGUACAACUUCCCCGGUGAAGCCUUUAACGGAGCUCGUGAUAUGGGGCGAGCAUACAAUGAUAUGAGGGACGCCAACUGGAAAGACUCAGACAAAUACUUUCAUGCCAGAGGAAACGCUGAUGCUGCCCAGAGAGGAGCAGGGGGCAGAUGGGCCGCUGAGGUCAUCAGUAACGGCAGAGAAUGGAUACAGGAGAGAACGGGUCAUGGUGCAGAGGACUCUGCUGCUGAUCAGAGGGCAAAUGAGCAUGGGCGCAACGGAGGAGAUCCCAACGUCUACAGGCCAGCGGGACUUCCUACUAGAUAUUAGUAUGAAAGCCAUCGAACAUCAAUAAUAAAACUAAUGAAAGAAA